AUGUCACUUUUACGAGAUUCGGCAUAUCAGUGGUGGAACACUCUCAUGUCUGUGGUACAAAGAGAAAGAGUAACUUGGGAAUUUUUCCAAGAAGAGUUACGAAAAAAGUACAUUAGUCAAAGAUUCAUAGAUCAAAAGAGGAAGCAGUUCCUAGAGUUAAAGCAAGGUCGUAUGUCAGUGACAGAGUAUGAGCGGGAAUUUGUGAAGCUCAGCAAGUAUGCGCGGAAGUGCGUAUCUACAAAAGCCACCAUGUAUAAGAGGUUUGAGGAUGGCCUCAAUAAAGACAUCCGAGUGUUUGUUGGCAUUUUAAAGCUACGGGAAUUUGUAGCUCUUGUUGAAAGAGCCUGUAAGGCCAAAGAAUUGAUUAAAGAAAGAAGGAAAGCCGCAUUUGAGUCACAGGAUUCGAAGAAGAGACAGAUGGGGAAAUCACAUCAGUCCUCAUCCAAGAGAUCAAAGGAAUUCUCUACCGAUUGA